AUGGCGUCCAACUUCUGCACCUAUGGAGUUUAUUCGCAGAUUCGGGCUACUGGCUAUUUCACGGUGGCCGAAGAAGUCUCCAAGGAUCUCUCCGGUAUUGAAUCGGCGCGGUCAUCACCUCCAUCAUCACCUGGUUCUAGCAUCGUGCUCCGCGACUACCAGGAGGAAUGUAUUCAAUCGGUCCUCAAGUACCUCGACGAAGGCGAGCGGCGUCUUGGAGUAUCUUUGGCUACGGGCGCUGGAAAGACACUUAUCGAUCGAAUCCCGCCGCGCGAUGCGAAAGCCACCAAAACCAUGAUCAUCGUUCACCGCCGAGAACUUGUCGAACAAGCAGCGAAGCACUGCCGGCUUGCUUACCCUGAGAAAACCGUGGAGAUUGAAAUGUCAACUAAUGUCGCGACUGGACACGCGGAUAUAAUCAUCGCCUCGGUCCAAACCCUCGCCCGGGGGCGCAUCAACAACUUUGACCCAAGCGUCUUCAAGCUCAUCCUCGUAGAUGAAGCGCAUCACAUUGUGGCUGCAUCAUAUCGCAAAGUGCUGGAACAUUUUGGUUUGAAUGAGCCAUCCGCGAAGGCGCCGGUGCUCGUGGGAGUCUCCGCCACGUUCUCACGAUUUGACGGGCUCAAACUAGGUGCUGCGAUUGAUCAUAUUGUCUACCACAAAGACUACGUAGACAUGAUUGGCGAUAAGUGGCUGGCAGAUGCAGUCUUUACUACUGUCAAAUCCGAAGCGAAUUUGUCGAAUGUCAGAAAGGACCAGUUCGGUGACUUUGCGUCUGGGUCGCUGUCAAAAGCCGUCAAUACCGUCAAUACGAACAAUAUCACUGUUCGUGCAUGGAUGGCGAAUGCACAAGGCCGGAAAUCUACACUUGUCUUUUGCGUGGAUGUAGAGCAUGCGAAGGAGCUUACGGCGACGUUCCGGGAACACGGUGUUGAUGCGAGGUAUAUAACUGCCACUACACCCAAAACAACUCGCGCAAAGCAACUCGAUGCUUUUAGAAAGCAAGAAUUUCCAGUGCUUUUGAACUGUGGUCUUUUCACAGAAGGCACCGAUAUCCCAAAUAUCGACUGCGUGCUCCUGGCAAGGCCAACCCGGUCCAAGAACCUGCUUAUUCAAAUGAUCGGGAGAGGGCUUCGUCUUUUUCCUGGCAAAAAAGACUGUCAUAUUAUCGACAUGGUUGCUUCUCUUGCAACAGGCGUUCUAACAACACCUACAUUGUUCGGUCUCCACCCAGAUGAAGUGUUGGACAAGUCUACCGUGACAGAACUAAGAGAACCCCGCGAGCUACCCACACUCGAGGCCCCUUCAGUGGGAACAGAACACACGCCUUCCGACGAUGUGAGACUGCAUUUCACAAAAUACGACAGCGUCUACGACCUCCUGGAAGACAUGCAGUCAGAGCGCCACAUAAGAUCUCUGAGCAGGAAUUCUUGGGUGCGAGUCGACAACGAAAAAUAUAUCCUCUCCGAAUCCUCCGGCUGGUUAACCCUAGACAAAGAAAAAGACGUCUACAAUGUCCGCCAUGUCAUGAAAUUCGCAGACCCGGUAUCCGAGCAAACGCAAUUCACACGCCCGCGCCUUGUCGCCACUGGAGCCGAUCUCGAGACUGCUGUCCGCGCAGCAGACACAUAUGCUAGCGACAAGUUCCAAGAACAUUUCAUCGCGUCCUGGAAGCCAUGGCGACAAAACCCGGCCACGGCGGGACAGAUCAAAUUGUUGAAUAAGGCUAACAUUCGCAAUGGCACGAUUCGCGCCGGAGAUUUGACUCGUGGCCAAGCGACUGAUAUGAUUACGAAACUGAAGUUUGGAGGUAAAAAGCGGUUCAAACGACAUGAGGUGACGAUGCGGAAGGUGCAGCGUGAGACUGAUGCUGCGAAUAGAUUUAAUGAUCUGCGGAAGAGGACCGACGUCAAGGUUGGUCCUUUGGAGGGCUAG